AAUUCCAUUUCCUCAAUCUUAUUUCUAUUUCUGUUACUUUGCAUAUACAAAGGAAAUGGCCAAAUGUGACAUUCUUGCACUGGGUUUUAUAAUCGGUUUCUUUAGCCUUUUCUUCAAUGCAAAUGCUUUCACAGCUUCUGGAUGGAUGAGAGCUCAUGCCACCUUUUAUGGUGGGGCUGAUGCUUCUGGCACAAUGGGGGGUGCUUGUGGAUACGGCAACUUGUACUCGACAGGGUAUGGAACAAGAAGUGCUGCAUUGAGCACUGCACUGUUCAACAGUGGAGGAUCUUGUGGGCAAUGCUACAAGAUCAUCUGUGAUUUCUAUGCAGAACCGCGAUGGUGCAAGAAAGGAGUAUCUGUUACCAUCACUGCUACGAACUUUUGUCCACCAAAUUAUGCACUUCCUAGCGACAAUGGAGGCUGGUGUAACCCUCCUCGACAACAUUUCGAUAUGGCUCAACCUGCUUGGGAAAAGAUUGGCGUUUAUAGAGGUGGCAUUAUUCCUGUAUUCUACCAAAGGGUUCCAUGCAAGAAACGUGGUGGAGUUAGAUUCACAAUCAAUGGAAGGGACUAUUUUGAGCUAGUAUUGGUAAGCAAUGUAGGAGGGGCUGGAUCAGUUCGAUCUGUUCAAAUCAAAGGCUCAAGAACAAAUUGGAUGACAAUGUCUAACAACUGGGGAGCCAAUUUUCAAUCCAACACUUAUCUUAAUGGACAAUCACUUUCCUUCAGGGUUACUACACCAGAUGGUGUCACAAAAACAUUCUUAAACAUUGUCCCAGCCAAUUGGCGAUUCGGGCAGACAUUCUCAAGUCCUACUCAGUUCUCGUAAAGAAAAGGACUUUAGAGUUCUUGGAUUCAUAGGCAGUGGUGUGCUUACAUUUUAACGAAAGCAUCCCUACCCUGACCUUUGCUUUUCUUUUUUUGUUUUCUGGAGUCUUGAUUAUUGAGGAUUUCUCCCUCGAGGAGGUCUGCGUACCCACUACCCUCCCCAGACUCCACUUAUGUAAUCACACUGGGUUGUUGUUGUUGAUUUUUGAGGAGCUAGAGGUAAAUAAGCCCAUGAACUCUAGUCCAAAGUUGGUGUGAUAAAGUUGUUGAAAUACUUAUUCUUUGUUUGUAGACUGGUAUUUCUCUGUAGUAGAAGAUUAAUAAGACAUUUUGCCUCAGCUGCAAUCUU